AUGAGCGAGCCGAAUACUGAUAACACGGAGAAAGAACUUCCGAGUCAGAAACUGGACGAAGAAAAUGAGUUGGAGUUCGAAUUUACUGCGGAAUGUAUGCCUGGAAGUGCCAACGCUGACGAUCUGUCGAAGCUUCGCUUUUCCAUCCAAAAGAUUUCGGCUCUUUUCUACAAGGCGUCUUUCAAUCUUGCGAUCCGCCUGUAUCAAAACCGUCCCGUGGAAGAAGCGAACAAACUUUCCGAGGUUUUCUUUUCUAAAUAAGAAAAUCCGAUGCUUUUUUGUAGGAAAAAGCUGAGCUCAGCCUCAAGGAGUCUGAAAUCGUGAGUUUGGUAGUUACAAGUUGCAUCGAUACGUAUGGAACGGUGCAUGGAAGGGAGCGAUUCAAUUAUCAUAGGAAAAUGCAGGUUUUUUUUUCUUCGUUUUCAAAUUCGAUAUUGAAUUUCAGAUGUGUGUACCGUCUGUUUUUCGUGUUAUGAAUGAGAUCAAGGAUGGAUUGAAGGAGUUCGGAGACGAAGAGGUGACCCUUUUGUUGUAAAUGAUAAUUGCGAGAAAUUUUCAAGCGUAUCGAUUUUCGGAUUUCAAAACAUAGCGAGAUUUGAAGAACAGUUUUCAAGAUUGAAGAAUCAGAGAAGAGAACCGCUUUACUCAAAUUCGGGUGUGGAUUCGUCAGAAUUUCCUUCGAAUUAAAUAAACAUAGUUUUGUAGUUUUGGAAAACUUAAACGCUUUGAAGAAAAUAGAAUCGUUUUUUUUUUUCCGACUAGAAGCAAGUCAAGAUUUUUUAUUCCUCGACGCAUUCUCGAGCCUAAAAAAAUAAAUUUCAAGCCCAAACUUCUACUCCUCGAAAAAUAAAUCAAGGUUCUUUUUUCAGAUCGAGAAACAUCCGAGCUGGAACGCUGUUGCAAAAUCACUGAAUAGGUCCGCCCAACGGUUGAUGUUGCAAAAUGAGAUUUCUGAUUAAUUUACUAGUUUUCGUAUUUUUAUUUCAAUUUUUCAUUGUCAAAUUGCCAAACGUUUCAUUUUAGUCACAUGAAUCUUCAAAAUAAACCAUUGGUACAUCACCCACUUUGCUUCAAGACCUUUAUGUUUGCUGUGUUUUUUGCAGUUUUCUAGAGCAAAUUUCGAAGACGACCAACUUGUCGAGCUGUAGAAUUCCGAAAGUUUCAAUUCCUUUUUCAAUGAAUAAUGUUUUAAACACUUCUUUUUUGAGAAGCUUUUUUUUGAGAUGAAAAUUAUACUACAAAAGAAGAUAUGAAAAACUUCAAACUGCACGUCACUGACCAGGGAAUGGUCUCCAUUCGCAGUGGGACUUCUGAAUGAGACUAGGUUCACUAGAUGUAGUUUUUCACGCUGAUUCCAAAUCUGGUCGAAAAACUCGAUGUCUCCGAAUGAGCUCAUUUUUAGAGGGUAUAUGAUCCUUGUUCCCCGGUCACGAAAAACCAUUUGAUUUUUUUUGAAAAUUUUCUGUAGCCCAGAUAUGAUUUUUCAAAGCUCGGCGCGGGAUAAGAGCAUGCGAGCGCGAUGUCCUAUCGCGAUCCGACGGCUGUCGAAGCAACGGCGGCGAGGAGCAGUGGAAAGGCGGCGGACUGCGGAUCACGAGGUCAUAGGUUCGGUGCCCACGCUGUGCAAACUUUUUUUUGCAAUUUUUCCUUUUUUGGAUACUUUCGUCUAACUGCUCCUUUUUUGAGUUUUGAGGCGUAUAAACACGAAAACACUGCGUUUUGAACUUGUUCAAACAGCUAAAAUUCUUUUUGUCGCAAAUUUUUUUCAUGAAAUUUUCGGUGAUUUUCCAUGUGUUGGAGUGUCAAAAAUUUCGAAAAAAUUUUUUGGUUUUUUUUUCUUUUUUUCUUUUUCCAAAAGCUGUCUAGACCGAAUUCAUCACAGCUACGCUGAUAGACAAUGUGGAACUUUUCAAUGAUUUUUAUCCAAAAAAAUAUCCAAAUUUAUUUCAGGUUUUUUUGCUGAAACUUUCAAGGAGGCUCCCUUUGACUCGUGAAUGAAAUUAAAAGAAAAACCUUACUAAUAACUUCCGUUCAAUGAAAAUUUUUAAAAGGUUAUAGUCAGACUUCGGCGAGUAGAAAGUUCCAAAAAGAAAUUGAAAAAAAGAAAAAAAUAAAGUUUCUGUGAUGAAUUCGGUCUAGACAGCUUUUGGAAAAAGAAAAAAAGCAAAAAAUUUUUUCUGAAAUUUUCGACACUCCAACCUAUGCUCAUGGAAAAUCAUGGAAAAUCACCGAAAAUUUGCGACAAAAAGAAUUUUAGCUGUUUGAAUAAGUUCAAAACGCAGUGUUUUCGUGUUUAUACGCCUCAAAACUCAAAAAAGGAGCAGUUAGACGAAAGUAUCCAAAAAAGGAAAAUUGCAAAAAAAAAAGUUUGCACAGCGUGGGCACCGAACCUAUGACCUCGUGAUCCGCAGUCCGCCGCCUUUCCACUGCUCCUCGCCGCCGUUGCUUCGACAGCCGUCGGAUCGCGAUAGGACAUCGCGCUCGCAUGCUCUUAUCCCGCGCCGAGCUUUGA